CGCCACUGUGCUUUUGUUUGUGUGUUUAUUGUAUUUAUUAUUAAUAAUAAGUACUGACUAUUAAAGACGAUUCAAGUAUUUAAUAAAUUAGAUGAUGGAUUCGCUACAAGGCUUACAGGAAUUAUUAAGGUCUAAAACGAAUUCGAAGAAUUUUGUUAACAGUUCAAAAGUUCCGUCUGUUUGUAAAUCUGAAGCUUGUAUGCUUGGUGUUGAUGAAGCUGGUCGUGGUCCAGUAUUAGGUCCUAUGGUGUACGGAGUGGCCUAUUGUCCAAUUCACCAAACAAAAGUUCUCAAGGACCUUGGUUGUGCAGAUUCCAAAGCACUGUCUGAGGAGAAACGAGAUGACAUAUUUACUAAGAUGCUGUUAGAUGAAGAAUCUCUAAAUAAUGUCGGCUGGGCUGCUGAAAUCAUAUCUCCAAAUUAUAUCUCAAAUUCUAUGUAUAAGCGUGCUAAGCGUUCUUUAAAUGAGGUAUCAAUGAACUCUGCAAUAGACUUGAUCAAAGGAGUAGCAGAGUCAGGGGUGAAUAUUGCAGAAGUGUAUGUGGAUACAGUGGGACCACCUGAGAAGUAUCAGGCUAAGCUUAGUGAAAUAUUUCCUAGCUAUAAAAUUACUGUGGCAAAAAAGGCUGAUUCAAUAUACCCCAUAGUGUCGGCGGCAAGUAUAGUAGCGAAAGUGACGAGAGACCAUACUCUCAAGGUGUGGAUGUUCAAAGAGGGUCUGGAGAUGGACUAUACUGAAUUUGGCAGUGGCUACCCAGGAGAUCCAUUGACUAAGAAGUUUAUUCGCGAACAAAUAGACAAUGUGUUUGGAUAUCCUCUCAUAGUAAGAUUCAGUUGGUCUACUGCAGAAGUAAUGCUUCAAGAAAAAGCUGCUACCUGCACUUUCGAAGAGGUUGAUGAAUCCACACCAAAGAAAGCAGCUGGUACUAAGUCUAUUAGUUCCUUUUUUGCAGUGAAAAAUGAAAAUGGAGAGAAAAAAAGAAAGCGCCAUAAGUUUUUCGUAGAACGGUAUUUGAGAAUAGGCAACACUUUUGAAUAA